AUUCAGUGUAGAGACGCCGAGACAUCGUAGCUCCAUACAGAGCCGAUGGAAAACUACUGGAUAAAACACAGAGGCUCAGACAUUACACAUUAAUACAGGCAAUAAUGCGGUCGUUUUUGUUUGUGUUUAAAGGGGCUACUCGCUUGAUUUCCAUCCAUCCUUCACAUUAGCACUUGGAGCAGCUUCUGAGCGGAAUCAAACAUUUGCUCCACGUCUUUCUAUAUAUGUGGCCACGGGGGAAAUAAAAUCCCCUGUCUUUUUAAGUACAGUCACAUGGGCAUUUAUUUGCUGGGCAUUUAUUCAGAUGAUAUACGGCACAGGAUACGUGAUGGCAGUGUAUUUAGCUUGCAUGUCCAGCCCCUCUUUGCCAAGGGUUUCCACACAACUGUGAAUUGUCAUUCCAGUCGACUCCGAUGGGUACGGAUGGUAGGAGGAUGUUUGCAUGGAGGCUGAGCUUGCUCUCCAUCUCUGUCAUUUUUUGGAUCAUUUUACAAUAAAAUACAGUGUGUCUGCAAGCUGUAUGGCACUUAAAACAGACACAGAGAGCUGACUUCGUUCUGCAGAGAUGCCACUAUGCACAGAGGGCAGUUGUUUGGUAAUGGUCUCAGAUACUGCACAGCCUCGUGAUACCUUAAGCCUCUGGAAAAUAUGUUUGUCAUUUUUUCACAUUGCCAAAGGAUUAAGUGCUUUCUGUGUCUCUGUGUGUGAGAGAAACUGAUGGACAUUCUGAGAAUCGUCAUGACCAUUUUCCUGCUGACCAGUCACUCCUUCACUGAGGGACCUCAGCCCUUUUUGGUUUCUGGACUUACCAAUACAGGGAUGAGAUAAUAAAGCCAACUAGCUGGUGCAUGCUGCUACAACAACUCUUGUGGCACCUGUAAACCCACCCACCCCACCCCCAAUCCAAUCCCUCCCCAAGAUAAGUUAAUUUCAACAGUCAAAACAUGACGACACCGGCUCUCCUGCCGCUGUCGGGCCGCAGGAUACCCACUCUGUCGCCAGGCACCUCCUCUUUUCCGCACCACAGAGCUACGUUGAGGCUCUCUGAGAAGUUCAUCCUCCUCCUCAUUCUCAGUGCCUUCAUCACCUUAUGUUUUGGGGCCUUCUUCUUCCUCCCGGACAAUUCCAAGCACAAGCGCUUUGACCUGGGUUUGGAGGAUGUGCUCAUCCCUCAUAUUGACUCACCCAAAGAGGGGAAGCAUGCUUCUGGACAGGUGGUCAUACAUGGACAGGGAGGACAUGACGAGCACAGACACAGGGAGGAGGAGGAGAGCCUGAGGGACAAGAUUCGGGCAGACCAUGAGCGAGCUCUGCAGGAGGCAAAGGAGAAGCUAAGAAAGUCACGUGAGGAGCUGCAGGCUGAGAUUCAGACGGAGAAGAACAAAGUGAUGGAGGACCUGAAAAAGAAGGAUACGGGGCCUAAACCCUUGCCACCCGUCCCCAUGCCCAAAGUGGUGGGUGUCAGCGAUGGAGAGCCACCAGAGCCUGACGUCAAAGAGAAACGUGACAAGAUUAGAGAGAUGAUGAAGCAUGCAUGGGACAGCUACAGACAGUACGGCUGGGGUCAUAAUGAGCUGAAGCCCCUCGCCAAGAAAGGACAUUCCACAAAUAUCUUUGGUAAUUCCCAACUAGGGGCGACCAUUGUGGAUGCCUUAGACACUCUUUACAUCAUGGGUCUGCAUGAGGAAUUCAAGGAUGGCCAGGAGUGGAUUGAACAGAAUCUGGACUUCAGUGUGAAUGCUGAGGUAUCCGUGUUUGAGGUCAAUAUUCGUUUCAUAGGAGGACUGCUAGCUGCCUACUACCUGUCUGGACAGGAAGUAUUCAAACUAAAGGCAGUCCAGUUAGCUGAGAAGCUGCUCCCUGCCUUUAAUACCCCCACAGGAAUUCCCUGGGCCAUGGUCAAUCUUAAGAGUGGCGUUGGUCGUAACUGGGGUUGGGCGUCGGCGGGCAGCAGCAUCCUGGCUGAGUUUGGGACUCUUCAUAUGGAGUUUGUACAUCUCACCUAUCUGACUGGGAAUCCUGCCUACUACCAGAAGGUGAUGCACAUCCGGAAGCUGCUAGCCAAAAUGGAUCGACCCAACGGGCUCUACCCGAACUACCUGAACCCCCGUACAGGCCGCUGGGGCCAACAUCACACCUCAGUUGGAGGACUUGGGGACAGUUUUUAUGAGUACCUGCUGAAGGCAUGGCUCAUGUCAGACAAGACAGAUACAGAGGCUCGGAAGACCUACGAUGACGCCAUCGAGGCCAUUGAGCGCCACCUGAUACGCAAAUCCAACGGUGGUCUGACAUUCAUUGGUGAGUGGAAGAACGGCCACCUGGAGAGGAAGAUGGGCCACCUGGCGUGCUUCGCCGGCGGCAUGUUUGCGCUGGGCGCCGACGGCUCGCCCGACGACAAGGCUGGGCACUACCUGCAGCUGGGGGCAGAGAUCGCGCACACCUGCCACGAGUCCUAUGACAGGACAGUGCUGAAGCUCGGCCCGGAGGCCUUUAAAUUCGACAGUGGCCUGGAGGCGGUGGCUGUGCGGCAGAAUGAGAAGUACUACAUCCUGCGGCCGGAGGUCAUUGAGACCUACUGGUACAUGUGGAGAUUCACCCACGAUCCCAAAUACCGGCAGUGGGGCUGGGAGGCAGCACAGGCCAUUGAUAAGUACUGCAGGGUGAGCGGAGGUUUCUCGGGGGUGAAGGACGUCUACUCCUCCAACCCGACCUACGACGACGUGCAGCAGAGCUUCUUCCUGGCUGAGACUCUCAAGUAUCUCUACCUGUUAUUCUCCAGCGAUGACCUGAUGCCGUUGGAGAGCUGGGUCUUCAACACGGAGGCUCACCCGCUCCCCGUCCUCCACCUGGGCAACAUCACCCUGCCCGGCAGCGAGCCGGCUCAGCGGUAGACCAACAAGGCCAUCUUUUCUUCACCACAGCACCAGGGGGCGCCACGUGUCUGCCCGCCUGUCUGCCUGCCCGCCCAAAAAUACCACCCACCAACACUGGACAAACCUACAUUCAGCUCAAUAGACUCAACUGCUUUUGGACUGCAGACAUCAACCGGAGGAGACGGAGAGAGAGCCUCCAGCACAGACCACUGCAGAGUGGAGAGGACUCAGUCGUUGACUCUCCCUCUCUUCUUCUAUGUUUUACUGUUUGACUCUCUCUGUCGAUCUCUCUGUCUUCUCUGCUCUAAUCAGAAAGGAUGGUGGGUGUGCUGCUCAGCCUCACAUUUGGCUUGAAUGAACUCUUUUCUCUGAAGGACCGAGCUCCAAAAACCUGGAGGCUUGAUUUAGUUUUUUGUUAUUAUUUUUAGUGUUUUAUUUGACCAAACUUUCCUCCCAUACAGACUCGAGAUGAGGCACUGAAAGUGCAAAUAAGAUUUUGUGAAGGAUCACUGUUUGACACUGUACUGAUGGAAGUGUCAUUUUUCCAGGCAGGCAGACAUGAGGACUUUACAGGGUCUGUUGAUAAGGUGUGGGGGGAGGGGUUUGCUUCUUUGUUUGGACAAAUCCUAAAUGGGGAUACAGGGUUUGAAUCAAAGCCCUCAGCUUCUCCCUGGCCCAACCCUUCCUCAGUCCUCUCCAUGUUUAAAUCGUCAUCAGAUGAACUUUGACCUGGAACUGUUAGCAGCUUGUCACAUUAUCAGUGUCAGAGCAGGUCGUGGCAACAGUCCCCACCUUCUCAAAUCCUCCUUUUUCAGAAAAGUGGACCAUCAUAUGUGGAGCGGAAACUACAGGAGGACAGCAGCAGGCCUCCCCCAUCUUCUUCACUCCCCACCUCAACAUCUUCCCAGUUUCUCCUCCAGCUAGAGACAUCACAGAGCCGCAACUUUUCCCCCAGAACUAUUCUGCUGCUACUCGAUGGGAUGCUGCUCUUUUUUUUUUUUUUUAUCUCUGUCCUCUGUCCACUUUUUUCUGAUCACACUAUGGCUUAGUUUCUUCACAGUUUAUCAGCCCCUCUCUCAUCUCUCCCGUCCACCUUUUUAUAAGUCACUCCCCAUCUUUUUCAGAUCAUGAGAUGAGGCUGGAACCCAACCAUGCUUAUGUAUGAGUGCGUGCGUGCGUGUGUGUGUGUGUGUGUGUGUGUGUGUGUGUGUGUGUGUGUGUGUGUGGUUAAAAUAACCCCUGCUGUAAAUCAUUUGUUUGUGCACUUUGUAUGGGACGACCAUGAAGAGGAGGAAAGUAGAGGUGUAGCACUGAAAGAGCUGAAUAAAUGAAGAGCUUCUUAUGUC